UUAUUGACAGUCGAAAGGCGAACACUGUGACAGUCGGAGCUGAUCUGGUCGAAAUGGCGGCGCCGCAGCGCGAUUUCAGCUCUUUUUAAACUUCGGUGCGGGUCAGAACCGAUCCUCCGUCCAGUGAGAUGGCCUCGGUGCCGGUGUACUGCCUCUGCCGGCUCCCCUACGACGUCACCCGGUUUAUGAUCGAGUGCGACAUAUGCCAGGACUGGUUUCACGGGAGCUGUGUCAGAGUGGAGGAGUCAAAGGCGGCAGAGAUCGACCUGUACCACUGUCCAGACUGUCAGGUCACCCAUGGACCUUCCGUCAUGAAGAAGCGGCGUGGCUCUCACAAGCAGGAGGCAGUGGGAUCCGGGUUCAAGGAGCCCCAUCGACCCGUUCAGACUGGCAGCCUUCAGUUCAUCAAGGAGCUGCGAAGCAGAGUCUUCCCCAGUGCUGACGAGGUGGUCUUGAAGCCCAGUGGCACUCAGCUCACAGUAGAGUAUUUGGAAGAGAACACAUUCAGUGUGCCCAUCCUGGUCACCAAGAAGGAGGGGCUGGGCAUGAGGCUGCCCCCCAGCAGCUUCUCCGUCAACGACGUGGAGGACCACAUAGGUGCUGACAAGGAGAUCGACGUGAUUGAUGUGAGCCGUCAGGCCGACUGCAAGAUGAAGCUUGGAGACUUUGUGCUGUAUUACAACAGCGCAGAACGAGACAAGGUGCUGAAUGUCAUCAGCCUGGAGUUCUCAGAAACCAGACUGUCAAACCUGAUCGAGACCCCCAAGAUCGUGCGCAAGCUGUCCUGGGUGGAGAACCUGUGGCCGGAGGAGGCAGUGUUUGAGCGCCCCAAUGUGCAGAAGUACUGUCUGAUGAGCGUGAAGGACAGCUACACAGACUUCCACAUCGACUUCGGGGGCACCUCUGUGUGGUACCACGUGCUCCGGGGUGAGAAGAUUUUUUACCUGAUUCGUCCGAGCCCUGCUAACCUGACCUUGUUUGAGAGGUGGAGCUCCUCGUCCAAUCAGAACGAGAUGUUCUUUGGGGACCAGGUGGAUAUGUGCUACAGGUGUUCAGUGAAGCAAGGCCACACCCUCUUCAUACCGACAGGCUGGAUUCACUCUGUUUUGACUCCAGUCGACUGCCUUGCCUUCGGGGGAAACUUUCUCCACAGCCUGAACAUUGAAAUGCAGCUCAGGGCCUAUGAGAUUGAGAAGCGGCUGAGUACAGCCGACCUCUUCAAGUUUCCAAACUUCGAGACUGUGUGCUGGUAUGUAGGAAAACACUUGCUGGACACAUUCAGAGGGCUGCGUGAGAAUCGGAGACACCCAGCUGGCUAUCUGGUCCACGGAGCGAAAGCCCUGAACAGUGCGUUCCGUGGCUGGACACGCAAAGAGGCCCUGGCUGAGCAUGAAGAGGAGAUUCCCGAGACCAUUAAAACACAGCAACUGGUGAAGGACCUGGCCAAGGAAAUCAGACUGGUGGAGGAUAUCUUUCAACAGAACCUGGGCAAGACCGGGGCUCCCUUCGGAGCACCACGUGUCCCCCAGCCCAGCCAGGUGAACCCCAGCAUCUCCUCUGGGAGGCCACCGGGAAGAAGGAGGGGCCCCAAGACCAAGGAGCCCCCCGCUGCCUCUAGUAACCCCCCCGCAGUCACCCCUGGGAAGAAAAGGGGACGCAAGAGCAAGGAGAGUCUGGCAGCCGCAGCACAGACAGCCAAGACAGCAGGGGGCGCUGCAGAGCUGGAUCUGCUGGAGAUUCACACCAAACAUACGCUCAAGAAGUUCCAGGGAAACAAGCAGCCACGCAAAGCCAAGUUUGAUCUGCCGACCUCGUGUCUGGGUGAGCUGGAGGGUGAAAUCGAUGAGAGCAAACUGCAACUCAUACUGACCAACGGGAAAAUACUGAGUAAGAAGGGGGGGAAGUCGACGGCGGGCUCUGCCCGUUUCCAGCCUCUGCUGGGACCCCUGGAGGGGGUCGGGGGGGUGCGGGGCAGCUUUGAGUACGACUCUGAGGAGGACCUGCAGAUCGACGAGACCCCCAAGAGAAAGAGGAGACCAGCGCUGAGCAAGAAGAAACUGGCAGGCCUGCCCAGGAAGCUACCGAGAGCCAAGCCCUGCUCGGAUCCCAAUAAGAUCAGGGAGCCGGGAGAGGUGGAGUUCGACAUCGAGGAGGAUUACACCACUGAUGAGGACCCCCCCACACUGCUUGAUGGGAAGCAGGGGGGUGCGGGGGGGAUCCUGGACCUGCUCAAAGCCAGCAAACAAGUGGGGGGGCUGGACUCUGCGGCACUGAGCGAGGACGCUCCAGCCUCUCCCAGCACUCAGGAAGCAAUCCAGGGCAUGCUGUCCAUGGCCAACCUCCAAUCAUCUUCCUCCUCGGGAGUGGGGGGAGCAGGAGGAGGCGGGGCCUCCUGGUGGGGAGGCGGGGCCGAUCGAGGCGGGGGCGGAGCCUCCUCGCACUCUGGAAAGGCGGGGCUUGUGAUGCAGAGGCCGGGGAAGCGGCCAAUCAAACGGCCCGCUCGCAGGGACAGCGAUGCUGGGGACGAGAGUGUGGAUGAGCAGGAGACUCUGGGGACCUGCUUCAAGGAUUCAGAGUACAUCUACCCCUCUCUCGAGUCAGACGAAGACGACCCAGCCCUGAAAUCGAAAAGCAAGAGGAAGAAGAACUCGGACGAUGCCCCCUGGAACCCCAAAGCCCGCGUCAUCCCCACGCUCCCCAAACAGAACCGCCCCGUUCGGGAGGGUGCGAGGGUCGCCUCUAUCGAAACAGGACUGGCUGCAGCCGCUGCCAAACUGGCACAGCAGGAACAGCAGAAGACCCCCAAGAGGAAAUAUGUGAAGAAGCGCUCUGCCCCGAAAGAGCCCCUGGCCCCCCCGGCAGUGCAGACCUCCCCCCUGCAGAGCGGGGGUGCUGUGGAGCAGGAGCCCGGCUCCAGCAGCAUGGAGGAGCUUGUGACGGAGCCCCGGCCGGAGCUGUACUCGGGCAGCCUGGCGGAUCACGAGUACACAGCUGGCCCCAGUGCCUUCGGGCUGGGGGGACAGAGAGGGACCACCCCCAUGGCCCCGGGGGUCUUCUUGAACCAGAGGAGGGGCUCGUCCAGCUCCCCCCAGAGCAGCGGGGGCCCCCCGGCCACGCCCACGGCCCUCGGACAGGCAGGUAAACGCCCAAAGAAGGGACUGGCAACGGCAAAGCAGAGACUGGGCAAGAUCCUUAAAAUCCAUCGGAACGGGAAACUACUGCUGUGAGGAGGAGAAGGGGGGGGGGGGGAGAGGAGAAAGAGGAGGGAGGGGAGAGAGAGGGAAGGAGCAGCACAGCACUGACUGCAUGAUUGAUUGAAGGCACUGUAAAAAGCGACCGGCUCAGUGAAUGAAAUUCAGUUCAAUUGAAAUGUUUACUCUUUAAAAACAGACCCCUUGCUUUGGCGUUGGCAAUCCUGUGUUUGGAUUCAGUGGAACAGCCCGGCAUUCAACACAAUGACAGGGCUGGGAAUCAGACUCCCGCUGCACAGCGGUGUGAUCCAGUCCUGGUUUCACUAGGACUUUAAUAAGACAC